CCACACUCUAACCAGGCGACAACAUUCUUUUCUACUCUCGAAGAUGACUUCGGUGCGCGUGAGGCGACGUGGUUAUUCUACCAUUCGCGAUGCACCCGUCACUCCUACCAUCCCUAGUCCUAGUGCUCAGCCAGGUCCCUCCGAUUCAGUCUCUCGCGCGCAGACUUUACCUCAUCGUCCUCGAGCACAGUCGGAUGCUGUCCUCCAGCUAGAUACUGGCAAUCGUCUUCGUCGACAAUCUCACGACUCCGACGACGUUUUCCAGACACCAGUCACUCCCCGCCCGGAUCUCAACGUUCCUCCAUCCCCUUCACCUGGCAGAGGUUCGAGUAAAGUCAUUCGCCAUGUUCAGUCCCGGUCAUCGAGGAGCAGCUUUAGGGCUUCUUCUUCCAACAGACCACGAGCGGGCUCUCUUAGACCUCCUCUCACAACCGUCUUCUCACAAUCCGGACAGCAGCCAAGUUCACCCAGCGAAAGAGGUCAGCUCACGACCUCGCCUGAACCUCUCGCCAUUUCUCCGGCCUCCGGAUCUCCGAACCUGAGGCAGAGACAGGUGAAUGAGAGAGGAGAUAUUGUUUUUGAGGGUUUGCAAGAGGAUGUCAUCGUUCCGGGAGAGGGAAUACCGAUGGGAAGAGUCGGGAGUGCGUUGAGCCAUCAUACAGGUUCGGUAGGGGAAGAAGGGAGUGUGUUUGCGGAUCAUCAUGAGGAUGAUAUCGUGGAACAUUUGGAUGUUGUUGAUCCCCAUGUCGCCACAGUCUCCGCACUUGCAAAUACCGCCAAUGCUAUCAUGAUCCCCCCAAUCUCGUUCUACUCCCGCAAACCGGUAGUUGUCCUCGGCACAUUCAAGGGCGGCAGGGAUGCGGAAGCAGGUGUCGACUCAGCAGAAGACGAGCUCGAUAGGCAUGUGGAGGACGUCUUGACGAGGCGUAUGAAGUUCAGGAGAAUCAUGUCCGGCGUUUGGUCGUUCUUGAAGACUCCAAUGGGCGUGGUUGUAGGAAUAUAUGGCUUCCUUGUCGUGUUCUGGGGAGCAGCCAUCGUCAUCUUCCUGAUCAAAAUCAUCAACUUUCACAAUGCCAACACACAAGGUCUGUGGGUUGAGAUAUCCUCGCAGGUUGAGAACGGACUCUUCUGUGUUACUGGUCUUGGUCUCAUUCCAUGGCGUGUCAAGGAUUCAUAUCGUGUCAUUAGGAUAUGGUUCCACAAACGAAGGACGCGAAAGCUUCGCGCAAAAGCGGGCCUCCUUCCCCUCUUAGACCCCGACGAUCUCCCGGAUCCAAUGUACGACGUGAACUAUGUGCACGUGCUGAAUGAGAAGGAGCAGGCCGACCUACAUAAACAACAGCAGAAGUUUAUGAAGUCCCAGACCUGGUACAGGCCGCAUGGAACAGAGACACACCGGGCAUUCCCUAUCAACACUGCACUGCUCAUAUGCCUCUUGAACGACGGGAACUCUGUAUUUCAAAUAAUUCUGUGCGGCACGAUGUGGGGACUCGACCGGUUCCAGCGCCCAGCAUGGUCCACCGGUAUCCUCAUCCCCCUCUCCUUCCUCUGCGGCAUAGGCUCCGGGGUCUUCAUCUGGCGCGGUGGCGCCAAGACGAAGCGGACGGAAUCCGUCGAGGAAGGACUCCGGCAGGCUCUCAAGAUGGACGACGGGGACGAUCAUCCUGACGACGAAGGGCCGACCACGAAUGUUGGCAGUUCUACUGCGACACCCAAUCCUUACGGUCACGUCAACUCUCGAGGUUCUGUGCAUGAAGGGAACGGGAACGGGAGUGUCGCUAGUCCAUUACUUGGACCUUCUUUGCAAAGGAAGCAGCGACAGGACCACAGCAGGUCUGUCAAUGGUGGUGGUGGUGGUGGUGGUUCGUCUAUGCUGGAGAAGCGCAGGGAUGACGACGAGGAGACAGAGAGGGAGUCUCCAGACGAGGAAAAGUUUGAGAGAGGGUCAGACUCGAGUGUGCCGGGCGUAGUGGUUGAGAUUGAUGAGGAGAUGGAGGUUCCUGCGGACGAGCUUCGCGAUUCGCGAUUGAAUGUUUCUGACCAUUAUCUAUCUGCGCGCAAGAAGGGAGAGUGAUUUGUAGACGGUCUAUUUUUUUUCCUUGUUGUUGUUGUUCGAGUAUGUAUUGUGUUUGUUGUUCGUUAGACCGUAGUCAGUUAGAACAUUGGAUGGACCUGCGUUGGUGCCUAGCUCACAGAUAGACUAUACGAUUGUAAUAUUUCCUUCUCUUUGAUUCUUCAUAAGGCAUUCCAUAUUCGAC